UUAAAACACGUUCCACCUUCCAUCUACACGCAUCUGCUUAGUCUCAACCAUUUGUUUUUCGAAAUCAUUUUUUGAUUUCUUUUUGUUAUUGUCAACUUUCCUACUCCUUCAUUGUUUCCAUUUUUUCAUAUCAUUCGAAUCCAUCGAGAUUUAUUUCCAAAACCCUAUCUGAAUUUGACUCUAUUUAUUUGGUCCAAAGUCCAAAACAGAGUGCAACAUUCGCCAAACUGCUAGAGAACAUAAACUGAGGAUUUGUUUUGUUGGUUUGUAAUUUCUGGGAAAUUGUUUCGUAAAAGUUUUGCUUGGAAACUGUUUCGUGAAAAUAGAAAAAAGUAAAGAGACAUUGUUGACCUCUCUUCUUGGUUCAGAAAAAAAGAGGUGGGGAAAGUUUCAGCCUAUGAUCCAAGGCUAAAUUGUUCUUAGAACAAAUUUUGGGAUUUUCUGGAACCCUCUAGAUUUCUGGAGGCAACACAAAAUUGGAGUUUGACUUAAAGUCAUCAAUUAUUUGAAUUCUAAGGGGGCACCUAAUGAAAUGUCACCAACCUAACCGAGAAUCAUUUACUUUGCUAGAUUCUGUAUACAUAUUCUUAUAUGUACUUGUGACGCUAAGAGACUCAAGAAGCUUCAGUAACAUCUCUUAAUGAUGUCUGAAGAUGGCUACAACACAGAUUUUCCAAGAAACCCUCUAUACAUUUUCUUUAGUGAUUUCAGAUCAGUUCUGAAAUUUGAUGAGCUCGGUUUAGAGAUAGCGCGAAUUGCUUUACCCGCAGCACUUGCUUUAACAGCUGAUCCUAUUGCAUCUCUAGUUGACACAGCCUUCAUAGGCCAAAUUGGUCCUGUAGAGCUUGCUGCAGUUGGAGUUUCUAUUGCUUUAUUCAACCAAGUUUCAAGAAUUGCUAUUUUCCCACUUGUUAGCAUCACAACUUCCUUUGUAGCAGAAGAAGAUGCUUGUAGUUCUCAGCAAGACACAGUCCGAGAUCAUAAAGAAUGUAUUGAAAUUGGUAUCAACAAUCCAACUGAGGAAACUAUAGAAUUGAUUCCUGAAAAACAUAAAGAUUCUUUAUCAGAUGAAUUUAAAACCAGUAGCAGUAUCUUUAGUAUUAGUAAACCUCCAGCCAAGAAAAGAAACAUACCAUCAGCUUCAUCUGCUUUAAUCAUUGGAGGCGUUCUCGGCCUUUUUCAAGCCGUGUUUCUUAUAUCCGCAGCCAAACCUCUCUUGAGUUUCAUGGGAGUAAAACACGAUUCUCCAAUGAUGAGACCUUCUCAGAGAUAUCUAUCUUUAAGAUCACUUGGUGCACCAGCUGUUCUACUCUCACUUGCGGCACAAGGCGUUUUCCGCGGAUUUAAAGACACGACAACUCCGUUAUUCGCUACUGUGAUUGGAGAUGUAACAAACAUAAUACUCGACCCGAUUUUCAUAUUUGUUUUCCGCCUAGGCGUAACAGGAGCAGCCACUGCUCAUGUUAUAUCCCAAUACCUUAUGUGUGGAAUACUCUUGUGGAAACUGAUGGGUCAAGUUGAUAUCUUCAACAUGAGUACCAAACAUCUUCAGUUCUGUAGAUUCAUGAAAAAUGGCUUUCUUUUGCUGAUGAGAGUAAUUGCAGUAACAUUCUGUGUAACUCUCUCCGCGUCACUAGCUGCACGAGAAGGAUCAACUUCCAUGGCAGCUUUCCAAGUUUGCUUGCAGGUUUGGUUAGCUACUUCACUUCUUGCAGACGGGUACGCCGUAGCUGGCCAGGCAAUACUAGCGAGCGCGUUUGCCAAAAAAGACUACAAAAGAGCAGCAGCUACCGCCUCUCGUGUACUGCAGUUGGGAUUGGUUCUCGGUUUUGUACUUGCGGUUAUACUUGGAGCAGGAUUGCAUUUUGGAGCAAGAGUGUUUACAAAAGACGAUAAAGUUUUACACCUAAUUAGCAUAGGACUUCCGUUUGUGGCAGGGACACAACCAAUUAAUGCCUUAGCGUUUGUGUUCGAUGGAGUUAACUUUGGAGCAUCCGAUUUCGGUUACGCCGCAGCUUCAUUAGUAAUGGUGGCUAUAGUUAGCAUCUUGUGUUUGCUCUUCCUCUCAUCGACUCAUGGUUUUAUUGGACUUUGGUUUGGUCUCACCAUUUACAUGAGUCUUAGAGCAGCCGUUGGAUUCUGGCGGAUUGGGACAGGAACAGGACCUUGGUCUUUUCUUAGGAGCUGAAGAAGGAAUUUUAGAGGGAAGAGCAUGUUUUAACUGUUCUUAAACCUUUAUUUCUAAUGAGGUUGUGUAACUAAAUAAAAAUACCAAGAGUACAAGUCUGGAGAUUCAAAUAAUUCUAUGCGAUUUUUACUGCUACUCUUGUAAAUAUUCAAGUUGUAUCCUGUAAUUAGAGGUGGUUAGUCCAAUUUUUGGAGGUUUUAUUUCAGAUAUUGUAGUUAAAUAUAGAAAAUCGAUAGAACAUAUAGAAACUGAUUUUUGUUUGGUUGACUAUAGUGUUGAACUUCAGAUUAAUUUUUUCAAAACAAGUAGUUCGAAUAUGACUUCUCAAAUGAUAUAAUUAGGAUGUCAGUUUUGGUUUGGUUUUGUUUCAGAUUUUGUGGUUCGUGAAAUACAAAAUAUAUCAGCUGGUUUGGUUUUGACAACAGU